UGAAUUAUGGAAAUGGAAAGUGAAGAAGAACAAUGGGAGAAGCUGGAUGCGGAAUUUGAUCACUUUGUGGUAGAUAUGAAGCCUUUUGUUUUAAAAUUACCCCAUAGGCCAGAACGGCAGAGGUGUGCACUUUGGAUUAGAAAGCUGUGUGAGCCUUCAGGAACAGGUGCAGGAAUAAUGGGCAGGAAGAAUCGGAACCUGUAUGCAAAACUGUUACUGCAUAUGCUUAAGCGAGGAGUGAUUGAAGGCCCUUUUAUACACCGACCUGAACCCGGGACACUAAAAACUUUACCUUCGUACAUGUCCAUCUAUUUUGAUGAACCAAAUCCAGCACAAGCCAAAAGUUCAAGCCCAGAAGGAUUACCGGACUGGGUAAUGGGUGAGCUGGGGACGAGCGAACACAAAUUAAAUGAAUCAUGGAAGCUUUCUUCUGGAGACAGUUAUUCUUUGGUGCAGUCGCCAACCGAUGGCCACAGCAAUGCCAUAGAAGACUGUUCUGAAGAUGGCAUAGAACAGUAUUACCUGCUGCUCAGGGAACAGUACACUGCGCAACUCCAAAGGACAUCACAUUCUAGGAGUCCAACCUACAGAGAAGACGGACAACAUGUUACCCAAAAGAGUUGUGAAGUUCAUUUGAAAAAAUCUGCUGUUUCUUUGGAUGACAGCGACAUUGAAGCUCGCCUUAAUAGUUGGAAUCUUGGGAUAGAAAAUCCUCGGUACCUGAGACAGAAGCCUAUCCCAGUUUCUCUGAUGACUCCAAAAUUCAGCCUGAGAAAAUCCAGCAGUUUCCAUGAGGAUCAUUUACUCUCUCGAAUGCAUGAGAAAGAGUUGGACAUGAAAACCAAAAUGAUAGAAGCUAAAUGUCAUGAAGAGAAGCUUAAACUUCAACAGAAACAUGAUGCUGAUGUUCAGAAGAUUUUAGAAAGAAAGAACAGUGAAAUAGACGAAUUGAAAAUUUUAUACAAAACAAAACAAAAUGAAACGGAGGAGACUGUUAGAAAACUUGAAAAGAAAGUUCAGACCCUUAUACGUGACUGUCAAGUUAUCAGAGAGACUAAAGAAAACCAGAUUUCAGAGCUGAAAAAGAUGUGUGAGCAAAGUACAGAAUUUCUGAAUAAUGACUGGGAAAAAAAGCUGCACAACGCGGUGGCGGAGAUGGAGAGGGAGAAGUUUGACCUUCAGAAGCGGCACACGGAGAGCAUCCAGGAGCUGCUGGAGGACACCAACGCCCGGCUGCGCAGGAUGGAGGGCGAGUACACGGCGCAGACCCAGGCCACGAACCAGAUGGUGAAAGAACUGGAGUCCCGUGUCCAGCAGCUGACUGGAGAAGCAGAAAACAGUAACUUACAGAAGCAGAAAUUAAUUCAAGAAAAAUUGGAACUUGAGAGAUGUUACCAGAUAACAUGUAGUGAGUUGCAAGAAGUAAAGGCAAGGCGCAAUUCACUGCAUAAAGAGAAAGAUCAUCUUAUGAACGAUUAUGAGCAAAGUGUGAAGCUAUUACAAAACAAGUAUGAAGCUGAUAUAAACCUUCUGAAAAAGGAACACACACUUUCAGUUUCUAAGGCCUCUGGUACAAUUAAAGAAUUAGAACAGAACGUCUGUCAAUUAAAACUGCAGUUACAGGAAUCAGAACUUCAAAGAAAGCAACAACUACAGGAUCAAGAAAAUGAGUUUCAAAUGGAGAAAAGUAAUUUAAAACGCACCUAUGAAAAAAAGGUUCACGACUUGCAGAGUGAGCUUGAUAAAGAAAAAGAAGAUACUCAAAAGAAAAUCUAUAAAUUUGAGGAAGCUUUGAAGGAGAAAGAGGAGCAGCUGGCUCGUGUGACUGAGGUUCAGAGGUUGCAGGCCCAGCAGGCAGACGCUGCCCUGGAGGAGUUUAAGCGGCAGGUGGAACUGAACUCGGAGAAAGUCUAUGCCGAAAUGAAAGACCAGAUGGAAAAAGUGGAAGCAGAUCUAACUAGAUCCAGGUCUCUUCGUGAGAAACAAUCAAAGGAGUUUUUAUGGCAAAUGGAGGAUGUCAAGCAAAGAUAUGAACAGCAGAUAGUAGAGCUGAAGCUGGAGCAUGAACAGGAGAAGACGCACCUAUUACAGCAGCAUAACGCAGAGAAGGAUAGCCUAGUCCGAGACCAUGAACGGGACAUUGAAAACCUGGAAAAACAGCUUCGCGCUGCCAAUAUGGAGCACGAAAAUCAAAUUCAAGAGUUCAAGAAACGAGAUUCACAGGUUAUUGCUGACAUGGAGGCCCAAGUUCACAAGCUGAGAGAAGAGCUGAUUAAUGUGAACACACAGCGGAAGCAGCAGCUGGUAGAGCUCGGUCUUCUCCGUGAAGAGGAGAAGCAAAGGGCUGCCAGGGACCAUGAGGCUACUGUCAGCAAACUGAAGGCUGAAUCAGAGAAGAUGAAAAUAGAGCUGAGAAAGACUCAUGCAGCUGAGACGGAGAUGACGCUGGAAAAGGCCAACUGCAGACUGAAGCAGAUUGAGAAGGAGUACACCCAGAAGCUUGCCAAAUCUUUGCAGACCAUCUCCGAGCUCCAGACAGCCAUUUCCGCCCUGAAAGAAGAGAGCAGCCGGCAGCAGCUCGCUGCGGAAAGGCGGCUGCAGGAUGUUACCCAGAAGUUUGAAGAUGAGAAGAAGCAGCUGAUUAGAGAUAAUGACCGAGCAAUCAAGGCCUUGCGAGAUGAACUGGAAAACCGCUCGAACCAAGUGCGAUGCGCAGAGAAGAAGUUGCAGCACAGGGACCUGGAGGCCCAGGAGCAGAUAACUUACAUACGACAAGAAUACGAAACAAAAUUCAAAGGGUUGAUGCCAGCUUCUCUAAGACAAGAACUUGAAGACACCAUUUCCUCCCUGAAGUCACAGGUGAACUUUCUGCAAAAGAGAGCGUCCAUCCUUCAGGAAGAGCUGACCACCUACCAAGGCAGAAGGUAACUGUGAGGAUUCACCCGAGUAACAGAGCAUAGAUGGCUUCCGUGUCCAGGCUGUUCUGUGGACUGCUAGCAGGUUUGAAGAUUUGGAUAGUGUGACGUAAACUGUGAGAUCAGUGGCACUUUUUAAUACUUAAGUGUAAUUAAGAUCAUAAAAACAUGCAUCACUCAUAUACUACUAGGGUGGUUUAAUUUGUGUCUGCCUAAGUUAUUUUUUUAACACUCUUUUAUCUUCAUACUGUGUGUUUGAGUGUGUUCUGAGAAUUGCUUAUAUUGGGAAAAGAAAUGAUUUCCUAUAAUUUGUCUGGUUAAUGCUAUCGCAUAGAAUUUUACCUGUUGCAUAUGAUCAAAAUCACGUUUUGUAGUAUCAUAUCAAAAUUUUUAACAUGUUUACAUUGUUUUCAUGUUCAUAUUCAUAUUUUAUUAAAGCAUUGUUUUC